AUUUAUAUUUACACAUGGUAAUUGGUAACACUUGUCAUUUGUCAGUAGGUCAUCACGUAUUUAGUGCGUGUUUUGAGUGGUACUUGCUUCAGUUUUGUAAUUUUAUGAUGUGGUGUGAGUGAACUGAGUUUGGAUUUUAAUUUCUGUCGAUCUGAACUAAUAGCUACACUAGUAUUUUUGUAAUAUAUAUCAAAAAUUAAAUUACUUGAAAAAUUACAAGGUAAAAUUUUCACAUCAAAAUGGGAGUGUUCAGGACUGCUGUGUCUCUGGCUGUGAACCAUGGGAAAGUUGGAAUGAAGACGGGUGGUAAAUGUUCCCCGUUCCGUUCGCUGUUAUCGUGUGCUCCUGUGGCCAUGGUCAGCUUUGAUCGAAAUGCGCACACGCAGGACAUCACCAAAAACAUGCAGUACAUCAGCAACGACAAGGUGAAGCUCAAAGCCGACCCCGUCACCAUGAAACUACACAAACCUCGAGACAGGCCUCUAUGCGUGAUGAUCAACUGGCUGUUGGCGCGGCAGAAGCACGUGAUGAAGUACGCCACGCUGUACUUGGAGCAGGGCUUCGAUGUGUUAUCCGUGUCCUGCACGCCGUGGCAGCUCAUGUGGCCCAUGAAGGGAUCGCAGUUGGUGGCGGGCGACCUGCUGAACUUCAUGGCGUCGAACGAGACCGACCAGCCGUUGGUGGUGCACGGGUUCUCGGUCGGCGGGUACAUGUGGGGGGAGGUGUUUGUACACGUCAUGAAGGAUAAGGAACGGUACCAACCGGUGCUGGAUCGCGUGGUGGCGCAGGUGUGGGACUCUGCCGCUGACAUCAGCGAGAUAUCGAUCGGCGUGCCCGCCGCCGUAUUCCCCAAGAACCAGAUCAUGCAGAAAACACUCAGGGCUUAUAUGGAGUACCACAUGAAGACGUUCCACGAGGCGGCGACGUCGCACUACAUCCGCUCCUCGCAGCUGUUCCACACGACGCUGUGCCGUGCGCCGGCGCUGUUCCUGCUGUCCCGCAGCGACCCCGUCGGCGCGGAGCGGUCUAACCGCAGCGUGCACGACUCCUGGGAGAAGAUGGGGAUUAAGUGCACCUGGAAAUGCUGGGACAAGUCUCCGCACGUACAACACUACAUCUUCCACCCGAAGGAGUACCUCGAAGCGUUGUACUCGCACCUCGACUCGUACGGACUCGUGUCACAGCGGGAUAAGGUCGAGCGGCGGAUGCGAGUUUAGAGAGUGUGGUCACCUUACUCUAUAUUGGCCUAAAUAGUUUUGUUAUGUAAGACAGCCCAAUGAUUUUUUUUGUGGUGACUGCCAAGUCGAAUGCUAUGAAGAUAUCUUUACCCAAAAUAACGGAACCUUCCCUAACUCUUAUAUCUAUCCAAUAAGGCGUGCAGCACAUUAAUGAUAGUUUUGGAAUCAUGACUGAUUAUGGAUGGUGCAGAUUACAAUAAAAAUAUCAAAAUUUUGUAUUUAAAAAAGAAUAACACUGUAAUUUACAGUAUUAAGGAAAAGGAAAUUUCUACGUAAUAUUUUAUAUGUGGAAAAAAACAAAUAUGUACUUUUUCCUUAUAUUAGCAGCAUUAUCACGUCAUACAGACAUACACUCGUAUAUCUUCAUAGCACUGUUGUCAAAAAAUUAUUAACAUAAUUUUAUUAUAAUUCUGCAGUGGGCCUUAGGUAGUGGGCAUUACCGGUAACGACAUCUAGUGAAAUUACUUGGUACUAUGAAACUCAACUAGUGAUUCGGGCGGAUGAGCUAAGUGCAGUGCGGUUUGUGCAUUCUUUGUUGGUACUGUUGAUUUAUAGAUGGCGCUUAUUGUCAGGCCUGUGGUUGGUGACCUUGUCAUUAUUUUUUUUGACAUGGCAACAACUAUUUGAUUCCUGACAACUAUUGUAUUGUUUUAUAUCAGCUAUUACUCGACAUUGGUGAAACCACCGGCAGAUAAACUAUGGUAGCCCUACUAUAAAAUAACAAUAAAAAAAUCAUCUUUUUGUUUUGAUUUUAUUACAUGAUUAGAUAAGCUUGGUAUGGGUUAAUUUGGUUUUCUGAAAUGAAAUGCAAACAAAUAACUUCACAUAGAUUAUAGAGACAGUGAUAUAACUCCAAGCUCUCCACUCAAGAUAAGGAUGUAUCUUUCAAAGUAUUUUCUAUUAAUUAGUUUCAAUCUGCCCGCCAAAAAGCCCGCCUGCCUACGAUAUCCGCUUGAAUUAAAUAAAAUAAGCGGGAUCUUGAAAUUGUAAGCUGUAAUAUAAUAAAUAUAACGAACUUAAAACGGCCAAUAGAGGAUUAAUUAAAUACAUUAUAUGCAGUGGCGUAGCAUACACUAAUAAAGACAUGGGCGAAGUCGAAUCAGUGAGACCCCUUUUCUUUCGGUCCCAAGAUCUACCCAAUAAAUGUAUCUUACCAAAUAUGCUUUGACACGACAUACCUAUUUAUGAUGUGAAAAAAUAGAAAAGGGCGGUAGAUGAAUAUUGAAAAGCAUAUAGAUUUGAAAAGUCGCACUUAAUGAAGCCGUGUGCUAGGGCCCACUUCGCCCAUGCCUACCUACGCCACUGAAUAUAUGUCGACACAAUCGUCAUCGACUGAACGGAUGAAUUCGGGGCUAGGUUCCUUUCUCUUUUACCUUUUGCAAUGAAAGAUAAAUUGCUGUAAACUAUCCGAAUUCUCUUUUACUAUUAAAUUAAUAAGGGUACUAUGUCUGGAUUUGUGACGAAUGGGUCUUGCGUAAAUCUAAAAUAGAGAGCAAUUUGUUUUAACUUUUAUUUUUUGUGGUUAAAAUAUGGAUUUAAUUUCCAACGCUCAAUACGUCACAAAAUUUAUAUUAAAAUAAAUGAAAUCGAAUUUGUUUUUGGACGUUACAAAUUGUAUUUACAGCUAUAAAAUCAGAAGUAAAGAACCUAUUUUUGGAUUUUUAUACAUAUUAAACUAAUAGUCUUUUAUAACCUUCAGUUUCUUUCUAAGGGUAGUCAUAAAAAUAUACGUAUGACAAUGAAUAAGUAGUGGUUUUUAUUCCGGUGUCACAUUGCAAGCUGAAGAAAUCAUUGCUAUUAAUUUAAUACUUUCUACUCCUAAUUAUAAACCAAAUAUUUCCGGCAAAACCGGUAUAUUGAAGUGAGUUAUGUAUUUUUAUUAUAAUUCGUUUUAGUUAAGUUUUUUUUUAGCCUAAAUUAUUGUUUAAGGAAUCUGUAGCAACUAGAGUAAUAAAAGCGUUUUUAUA